GUUAUUUCUGCAAUGAGCACAAUUUCGACAAGUCAUGCACGUUGAUAAAAUACUUUUAAUGGUCAUCCUUUGCGCGACAAAUGUAUGGUGCAGUGAUCAAAUGUUGAUACAAAACGCCAGAACAUUCGAUUCGUCAUUCUUCGCAUGGUUGCAAGCAUUGUUCAGCAACGGAAACAAUGUUUCAAUUUUUCCAAAAUUCUGGCCCAGUCAACAGCAAUUCCAGGAAUGGACCAGGAACGGUAUUACGAGUCUGUUACGUCUCGCGUCUUUCAAUACCGAGGAGCCCAUGCACAUCGAGUUCAGACCCGAGGAUGGACCACGCGCUGCAAAAGUAUACCAACAGCGUUUCGGAUAUCGCGGAGAGUGGCUUGUUAAACAAUUGGGGAAUGGUUUUAGUCCCGAUGUUCUACUAUAUAGCCGACAUGUGCCUAAUACAUUCUUAAUACCUCCUCCAACUCCCUUUAGAAGUAAUUUGAUUCGCAGCGCAAGUGCAUUCGAAUAGUCGGUAGAAUUACAUUAAUUUAAGUUACUAGUAGUAGGAGUAGGAUAGC